AUGUCGGCUGAAACUUCCGCUGCGUGGCCCGUCGCCGACCAGCAGAUGACCCAGGAAAUCCUAGAUCUUUGCCAACAAGCCGCUCAUUACAGGCAACUCAAAAAAGGUGCCAACGAGUGUACCAAAGCCCUCAACAGAGGUAUUGCUGAAGUUGUCGUCCUUGCUGCCGACACGACUCCUCUCGCCAUCAUUCUUCACCUUCCGCUCCUCUGUGAGGAUAAGAAUGUUGCAUACGUAUAUGUGCCAUCGAAGAUGGCUCUCGGUCGUGCUUGCGGUGUCAGUCGUGCAGUUAUCGGAUGCUCAAUUACCACGAACGAGGCCAGUUCUCUCAUGGGACAGAUCCGAGCCUUGAAGGACAAGGUUGAACGUCUUAUGAUCUAG